CAUUAAUCUUCUCUAAUUCUCCUCGAAGGCCAACUGUUGCCCCUUGUAUCUGUUUCCAGCGUAACUUGCCUGCUGCUUCCGGUCGAAUUAAUUGGCAGCUCUCCGUAGUCAUCUCUCCCUCUAUGGCGAUCAUCAUCAACGCUACAUCCAUCUCCUUCAUUUUUCAUAGUUUACUCCGCAUUUUUCAUUUGUUGGAGAAAAUAAUACCUCUUUCGAUUAUCAGAUACAAAUGAAGUUUCUAAUUCAUGAAAGCCCCGAAUCAGUUAACAGUGACAUCAGUCUUCAUUUUCUUCAACAGCACAAUCUGCACCAGAUCCGACAUCAACCAAACCUUAAUGCGGCAUCUUCGCCUAUCUCCCCUCCUCCGCAUCCAGUUUCCCAGACCGUUGUCCACCUCAGCGUCAUCGUCGUCGUCGUCAGAGCUUGACGAUGGCUUCGUGAAGACCCUCCUCGACAUUGUCUUCUCGAAGAACCAGCAUUGGCGGGUCGCUCUCUCCAAUACCUUCAUCUCCUCCCGCCUCCAGCAGCGCCAUGUCGAGCUCGUUCUACUUCAAAUUACUGAUCAACCUCGCCUAGCCCUACGCUUCUUCAACUUUCUCGGCCUCCAUCUUCGUUUUCCCCAUUCCCCACUAUGUUUCUUUCUUCUCGUUCACUCCCUCCUUCGAUAUGGACUCCACUGGCCCGCCUCCUCUCUCCUCCAAUCUCUCGUCUGCCGCCCCACCUCCCCCGCUGAGGCAUUUUACUCUCUCUCCUUGUCGCUCCAGUGCUGUGCUGCUUCUUCCUCUGCACUUGACUUCCUCAUCCAAGCUUACAUCCAUGCCCGGCGCAUCCUCGACGCCCUUGCCGUCCUCAGGCUCUCCUUGCCAGCUGGAAUGGCUCCAGAGGUACGUACAUUUAGCGAAGUCAUCGUCGGCCUGGUCAAAAUAAGGCGUUUUGAUCUCGCGAUUCAGGUGUUCGAUGAAAUGACAACCAAUAAUAGGGUGCUGCCUGACGUAUUUAUAAACACUGCGGUUGUGAAGAGCUUCUGCGAGAUGAAGAAUUUAGACAGGGCCUGGCAUGUAAUCUUUCAGAUGGAGAACCGAGGAUUGGGUGCCUCAAGCUUGACUACAUACAACGUGUUGAUUCAUGGAUUGUGCAAGAAUGAAAGAGUUAUGGAGGCGUUGCAGGUUAAGAAUUCCUUGUAUGAAAAAGGCUUGCAGGCCAAUGAAGUGACCUACUGUACGAUCGUUAUUGGGCUCUGCAAGGCAAGGGAGCUUUUAAUGGCAUUGGAAUUGUUGAUGGAGAUGACUGGUUUAGCAUUUGUUCCAACUGAGGCUGCUUUUUCUUUGGUUGUGGAUGAGCUUAGAAAGGAGGGUAAAGUACAAGAGGCCUUUGACUUGGUUGUCUCUCUAGGAAAGAUGGGAAUCUUCACCAAUUUGUUUGUUUAUAAUGCGCUAAUCAAUUCUUUGUGCAAAAGUCAGAAGUUUGAAGAGGCCGAAUCUCUUUUCAUAGCAAUGAGAGGCAACGGUCUGUUGCCAAAUGAUGUUACUUACACCAUACUGAUUGAUUCACUGUGUAAGAGGGGGAAGCUUGAGGAUGCCCGCAUUCUUUUUGAUAAAAUGAGGCACGAAGGCCUUCAGACUUCUUUAUAUCCUUAUAGUUCCCUAAUAAACGGAUAUUGCAGGGCAGGAAAGUUGACUAAAGCUGAAACCUUACUGCAAGAGAUCAGGAGUGAUGGUUUGAUACCAAAUGCUUUAAUAUAUACGUCUCUCUUAAGUGGGUACUGUAGAGAAGGGAAUUUGAAUGCUGCUUUGAGGCUUCAUUGCCAGAUGCCUGAAAUAGGUGUGGCCUGGAAUACACAUUCAUUCACUGCUCUUAUUAGUGGGUUGUGCCGUGCUAAUGAGCUUGAGGAGGCAACCAAGCUAUUUGAUGAAAUGGUUCAACACAAUGUGGUGCCAAAUGAAGUGACUUACAACGUCAUGAUUGAAGGAUAUUGCAUGAGAGGGGACACUGUAAGGGCUUUCAAGCUAUAUGAUGAAAUGUUAGCAAAAGGCCUCAUGCCAGAUAACUACACUUACAGGCCACUACUAUCUGGUUUAUGCCUAACUGGUAGAAUAUCUGAAGCAAUGCAGUUUGCGGAUGAUAUAUACAAGGAGAAUAAAAAGUUAAACAACAUUUCCUGUAGUGCCUUUUUAUAUGGAUGCUGCAGACAUGGAAAAUUAGCGGAUGCUUAUCUGGUUUGGAAGCAGAUGCUGGAGAGAGGAGUUCAAAUGGAUAUUGUGUGUUACAGUGUGCUUAUACAUGGAUUUCUUAAACAACACGAGUUUUUGUGCUCUUAUAUAUUGUUGAAGGAGAUGGUUGAAAGGGGCAUUAAGCCUGACCUCAUUUUGCAUACCAAUGUAAUCGAUAUCUAUUCUAGAAUAGGAAAACUUACUGAGGCUCUAGGUUUUUGGAACCGGAUGAUGGUUCAAGAAUGCGCUCCAAAUGCGGUUACAUAUACUGUGUUGAUAGAUGGGCUAUGCAAGGCUGGGUUUUCCUACAAGGCUGAGCUUCUUUGUAAAGAAAUGUUGGUCAGUGGUUUCCUUCCAAAUCACUUUACCUUUGGCUGUUUCUUAGAUCACCAUGUGAGUGAAGGAAACUUAGAAGAAGCUGUAAAUUUGCAUAUGGUGAUGCUCAGGGAGCACGUAGGAAACACCACUACUUACAAUAUUUUACUGAAAGGGUUCUGUAAAGAAGGACAGAUUCAGGAUGCCACCAAUCUCUUAGCUGAUAUGAGGAAUAAUAAUAUUCUUCCGGACUGCAUAAGCUAUUCAACACUAAUUUAUGCGAACUGCAGAACAGGUAAUUUAGAAGAAGCUUUUAGACUUUGGGAUGAGAUGCUGAGUGUGGGAAUUAAACCCGACACUCUGGCAUACAAUUUUAUGAUAUAUGGGUGUACAUUAGAAGGCGAUCUGCAGAAGGCUUUUGCCUUGUACAACGACAUGAUCAGAACAACCAUCAAGCCAAACUCUGCAACUUUUUUCACUCUGAUUCAUGGUACAUCGGUGAUGGCUGCUAGGGCAGAUUCUUCUUUGCUUGGUGAAUAUUACAAUUAUUCAAAAUUGAAAUAGCAGUCAGGAAGUACCUUGCUUUGUCAAAAAUGCUUGACUGAAGAUUCCACGGCACAAUUUCAGAUACCACUCCAAUACAUUUUGUACAGAGAAACAUCUUUUAUGAUGCCCUACAGCCAAAUAAAAAUUUUUGAGAGAUUUGUUAUCGAUCUUUCCCUGUAAUCCCUACGUUUGGCCGUCGUAUAAAUGGCUGUGUGCACUCAGACGGUAGUAUUUAUCCUCAGAUCCUCAGAAGAACUGUUCAGAGGGAUGUAGGAACUGUGAACAAAUCGGGGUAGCAUUCAACAUAAACAUUUCCCAAAAUGAUAAAUUUUCCUCCCAUCACUUCAUUGUACCUUUUUGAGCCUCACAUUCCAUGUGCACGUGGAUCACUUCGCAAUUUCGCUCUUAUAAAACAAGCAUGAUCGAUCAAAUUACGUCAAUUGGUGCGGUGCAAUUCCUGUAGCACAAUCUCUCGUUCUUUUCAAGCAAGGAAAGCUAACUGGAGUUAUAUAUCACUAAACAAUUUGCUUGAUCAAGCACAAAUCGGGAUUGAAAUUAUAUUUGGGACCCUCUAAUCUCUUAUUUCAAUAAAUCUAUAGAAUGUUAAAUUUGUAGAAAUUAAAAACUUGCACGUCACCAUUAUAAGCUUGCACUCCACCAUUAAAUGCUUGCAGAAAAAAUUGAAUUAAAAAUAGUGGUUGCUCUCCCAUCCGUAAAUUUAUAUAAGGCGUUGGCUCAUGGCGAAGAAAAUAGGAAUUGCAGGGUUCCAAGUUCUCCCUUCGUAUCUUCUGUGAUUUGCUUGCGGUGAGGACUUCCCUCUUCCCUGCGGUUCUUUCUUCUUCGGUG